UUGCUGACGAGUCCGAUGACCUGGUGGAUAAGUCGAAAGCUCAAAUCUUUGAAACAAAAAUUCAAAACCCCUGGCACAAUUCUCUGUUCUACUUUCUAUCUUCUCUCCAUUCAAUUAAUAUGGAGAUCAUAGCUACUGUAAAUCAAGGCCCUUUCAAUGUAAACACAAGAGCUUUUGCUGGUCGCUCAGUUUCAGCUCUUGGGCUCUCUUUGCCAUGCCUUAAAUCUCCACUCUAUAGCCAACGGAAAAGAAAUCUGGUCAUUAGGGAUUCUGUUGCUGUUGAACAGCAGACUCAAACUAAGGCUGCUGUGAUUAGAAUUGGCACUCGCGGAAGCCCACUGGCACUUGCCCAAGCUUAUGAAACGCAGAAUAAACUGAUAGAGACACAUCCUGAGUUAGCUGAAGAAGGUGCCAUUCAAAUUGUAAUCAUUAAAACCACUGGUGAUAAAAUAUUGAGUCAGCCACUGGCAGAUAUAGGUGGAAAGGGCCUGUUCACGAAAGAAAUAGACGAGGCACUCAUUAAUAGUGAAAUUGAUAUAGCUGUCCACUCAAUGAAAGACGUUCCCACAUAUCUUCCUGACAAGACAAUAUUACCUUGCAAUCUUCCACGUGAGGAUGUCCGGGAUGCAUUUAUUUGUUUGACUGCAGCUUCAUUGGCCGAGCUUCCUGCAGGAAGCACUGUGGGCACUGCUUCACUUAGAAGGAAGUCCCAAAUACUCCACAGAUAUCCAUCACUUAAUGUGCUUGAGAACUUUCGAGGCAAUGUACAAACAAGAUUAAGAAAAUUAAAUGAGGGAGUUGUCCAAGCAACGUUAUUGGCAUUAGCUGGACUCAAACGCCUCAACAUGACAGAAAAUGUUACUGCCGUUCUGUCUAUUGAUGAUAUGCUUCCAGCUGUUGCUCAAGGAGCUAUUGGAAUUGCCUGUAGAAGUGAUGACGAAAUGAUGGCUAAUUACUUAGCGUCCUUGAAUCACGAGGACACCAGAUUAGCAGUUUCAUGUGAGAGAGCUUUUCUAGAGAAAUUGGAGGGUUCUUGUCGAACUCCAAUUGCAGGAUACGCUCAUAGGGACGAGGAUGGAAGAUGUAUUUUUAAAGCAUUGGUGGCAUCCCCAGAUGGAACCCGAGUACUUGAAACCUCUCGAAAAGGUCCAUAUGCUUUUGAAGAUAUGAUAUUGAUGGGGAAGGAUGCUGGCGAGGAACUUCUCUCACAGGCCGGUCCGGGUUUUUUUAACCAAUAAAUAGCUGAAUGAUGGAUAGGGAGAAAUUCAAGCCUCUAGAUUAACCACUAGGUCAUUCUUUCUUCUUGUAAUUCUACCGGGAAAUAGAUUUUGUAAGCAUGUCUGUUCAAAAUGCUAAGGAUAUUUAAUUUCUUUUUAAGAGUAUUAUCAUUUUUUUUGAGAAAUCUCUCCCCCUCUCGUAUCAAGACCCAACCGAAAUAGAAUGUUUAUGAACGGCUUAUGAUUGGUCAGAUCACUGUUUAUCAAAUUUGGUUAAAUCCA